AUGGACCGAGCUAGCAGGCCUAAUACUCGGAGACAUGCAUUCAUACAUGUACCGUCCACACAUAUCCCCGGUAUUUGUCUACACCGCCGUUACCAUCCGCGGCUUUCCGUCACCAUCGUGCAUGGACAUAGGCUGGCUAAUCUCCAUAUAUCUUUCCCCAUCUCUGGGGAAGUCUUGACCUACAUCCAUUGCCCAGUAUGA